AUGGCUCUCAUCACCACCCACGAGCCCGCCAUCGACAACAAGGUCGACAUUCACGAUAUCAAGAGUAAAGGACACGUCAGCCAUGUCGAGCUGGAGGCUACUGCCAACCCCCCUGUGGCCGACAACUUCAUGUACGACUUCAAGUAUAACCACGCCCUUCCCACUUCCGACGCCCUCGGAAUCGAGAUCCCUGCCGACUGCGAUGCCCAAAAGGAGGCCGAGGCCAUUUUGAAGCGCCUCUCCGAGGUUAUGGGUAAAGGCGAUGCCCAGGCAUUUGCUGAUAUGUUCCUUGAGUUUGGUGUUUGGCGCGACAAGCUCUCUUUCACGUGGGACUACCGCACCUUCAACUUCCAACCAGCAAUUCUAAAGGCUGCCACCGAUCUUUUCCCGACAACCAAGGCCACGAACUUCAAGUUCUUGACACCGGCCCCAAAUGUUGCCCGUCCCUACGCCGACUUUGCCCAAUUGCAAUGCGUCAUGUCCUUCGAGACGGAGCUCGUUGUUGGCUCGGCGGUGAUCAACCUGGUCCUCAGCAACCAGGGCUGGAAGAUCUACACCAUGCACACCGUGGCCGAGAAACUUAAGCAAUUUCCCGAAGUACCCCCCGCUGACGGGCAUAUGACCGGCCCAAUCAGCUGGGAGAAGCAGAGGACCAAGGACGUCGACGCCGCCAACCCUGAAGUCCUGAUCAUCGGUGGUGGCCAGAACGGCCUCGCCCUGGCUGCCCGAUGCAAGGCACUGGGUAUGGACCACCUCAUCAUCGAGCGAAGUGAGGAGAUCGGUGAUGUUUGGAAGAAGCGCUACGAGUACCUGUCGCUUCACUUCCCGCAUUGGGCAGAUGACUUGCCUUACUUCCCCUACCCCAAGCACUGGCCUACGUAUACCCCCGCUCAGAAACAGGGUAUCUUCAUGGAGUGGUAUGCAUCGGCUCUCGAGCUCAACGUCUGGACCAAGUCCUCGGUCGUCAAGGCUGAGCAAGACGAUCGAGGUAGCUGGACCGUAGUGAUCAACAAAGAGGGGAAGGAGACCCGAGCACUGCAUCCCAAGCAGCUUGUGAUGGCCACCUCACUGUGCGGCGUCCCUAUGAUGCCCGUGGUUCCGGGCAUGACUGAUUUCAAGGGCGUCAUACGCCACUCGACUUCGCACGACAGCUCUCGUAACUUUGUCGGCAAGAAGGUCUGUGUAGUCGGCACCUCGUCCUCUGCCUUCGACACGGCUUUCGACUGCUCGCGCCGCGGCAUCGAUGUCACCCUUCUCCAGCGGUCCCCGACCUACAUUAUGUCGCUCACACACUCCGUUCCUCGAAUCAUUGGCAACUAUGCUCCCGAUGCCGAUGGCAACCGCCCUGAUAUCGAGGAACAGGACCGCCUCUUCUUUGCCACCCCUGUUGGCCCCGCCGAGGAGCUUGCUAGACGUAACGCCAAAGUCCUUGAAGACCUCGAUAGGCCCCUGCUUGAGGGGCUCAAUGCUCGCGGUCUUCGGACAUGGCGUGGCCAGCGUGGCACGGGUGGUGCUACCCUGGGACAGACCCGCAACGGUGGCUUCUACUUCGAUGCUGGUGCUUGCGAGCACAUCAUCAAUGGCAAGAUAAAGGUAGAGCAGGGCUACAUUGAGAGGUUCACAGAGGACAAGGCGAUCCUCAACGACGGCCGGGAGCGCAAGUUCGACCUGGUCGUUUUCGCCACCGGCUUCUCCAAUGCCAUUGACUCUAUCCGUGCGACCCUUGGCGACAAAAUUGCCGAUCAGUGUGGCCCCAUUUGGGGCAUCGACGAGGAGGGCGAGUUCAAGACGGCUUAUCGAGAGACUGGGGUACCCAACCUUUGGAUCAUGGUCGGCUACCUUCCGUACACUCGCUUCCAUUCCAAACUACUCGCUAUGCGUUUAAAAGCUUUGGGGGAGGGUAUCGCACAGGCUCCUUACAAGACAUAA